AUGAGAGGCGGAACCGCCAUUGGAAUAGGAAGGAAGCUCACGAACCCACCAUCAAGCCUCUCCAUUUCCAAACAAACCCUAAUCCCCUUCUCCACUUCCUCCAACAGUGGCGGUGGCCGAGGUAGAGGUCGCGGCGGUCCAUUUCCCCCGACUCCCGCCCGAUUCGACUUCACUCCCCCACCUCGCGUCCCUGGUCAACCAGACUCCGACGACCCCAAACCUGACCCACCCCCGUCCGCGCCCGGACUAGGCCAUGGCCGCGGCAAACCCUUACCUACCUUCUCUUCCUUCGUCUCUGCCAUCAAACCCAAUUCAGGAACUGGUCGUGGCCAGCCGAGUCAAGUGCAAUCCAUCCCCGAAUCACGUGAUUCGGUGGCCCCUGAUGCCGGACCCAGCAAACCCAUUAAACCCAUUUUCUUCGUAAGGGGAGAUGAGUCCGGCCCGACGUUGCCCGGUAGCGGGCGGGGAAAACCCAUGAAUUUUACCCGCCCGGAGGUUCAAGUUAAGGAGGAGAACCGGCAUAUUCAGGCCCGAUCCGAACCGGAUCCGGACCAGCCUAGAACCAGGCCCAGAGGUCCGAAGUUGACCCGGGAAGAGGCGGUGAAGCAAGCGCUGGGAAUAUUGGCACAGGAUGGUGCUGAGGGAGAUGAUGUUGGUGGUGGUGGUGGCAGAGGCAGAGGCAGAGGGAAAGGGAUGAGAGGCAGAGGAAGAGGCCGAGGCAGAGGAAGAGGAAAUUUUAGAAUGAGUGAGGGAGGGGAUAGGAGAAGGGGUAAGGAUUCGGAUGAUAGCUAUGCUUCAGGGCUCUAUCUUGGGGACAAUGCUGAUGGGGAGAAGCUGGCUAAGAAGCUUGGCCCUGAGAUUAUGAAUAAAUUGGUCGAAUCGUUUGAGGAGAUGAGUAGUGAAGUGCUGCCUUCGCCUCUGGAUGACGCGUAUGUGGAUGCCAUGCAUACCAAUUUUAUGAUAGAGUGUGAACCAGAGUAUCUGAUGGGAGAGUUUAAUAAAAACCCGGAUAUUGAUGAGAAGCCACCUAUUUCUCUCAGGGAUGCUCUUGAGAAGAUGAAGCCUUUCUUGAUGGCAUAUGAGAAUAUUCAAAGUCAAGAGGAGUGGGAGGAAGUCGUGAACGAGACUAUGGAAAGAGUUCCAUUGUUGAAAGAAAUUGUUGAUCAUUACAGUGGGCCAGAUAGGGUAACUGCAAAGAAACAACAAGAAGAGUUAGAAAGAGUUGCAAAAACUCUUCCUGCAAAGGUACCUGAUUCUGUAAAGCGGUUCACUGAUCGUGCAGUGCUUUCUCUCCAGAGCAACCCUGGCUGGGGAUUUGACAGGAAAUGCCAGUUCAUGGAUAAGCUUGUGGCGAAGGUUUCCCAACACUACAACUAA